AUGAAGGAACCGCCACCGGGUUCCACCGAAGAAAAGAAGGCUCAACCAGCAAAAGAAGAUGACGUUCAUUCAACAAAGACAAAUCAGACAGAAGAAAAAAUAAAAGACGAUUCAAGUAGCAACGAUUCCUUCGAAGAUCUCGACGACGCCCCCUUGGACUUCCGAAAGAGAGAACAGGAGCAAGAACAGGAAAAAAAUAAAUCUGUGAAACCAAUACUCCCCAAGAAGAAAGUACACACGUGCGAGAUCUGUUACGCGACUUUCGAUCGUAAAAGUAAACAUACACGGCACAUGUUCAAGCACAGUAACUCGAGACCUCAUAAGUGUCCUAUUUGCGCGAAAGGAUUCAAAACCACAGCUCAUCUAAGCAGGCACAUGGAGGUUCACGAUGAACCGGUAAACCUACAUGCAUGUAGUCUGUGUGACUUCAAAGCACGCACCAAGCCUUAUCUGAAGAUCCAUUAUAUUAGAAAACACACAGAAGACUACAACUAUAAAUGUGAACAAUGUGGAAAGAUGUUUAAGGUACAAUCAGAUUAUACGACACAUGUGAAAGAUCAUGAUACAGAGUCUUGCGUGUGUGAUAUCUGUGGCUCUUCUUAUCCCAGCAAAAGCUCGCUGUACUUCCAUAAGCAUUACAAACACAAGACGAAGGUGAAGAAGUUCCCCUGUCAGACAUGUAAGAAGAAGUUCAAGACGCAGAAGAAUUUAGAUAACCAUAUGGAGCUGCACAAGAUUAAAUACGUUUGUGAACAAUGCGGGAUGGAAUUUAAGACGAAAUAUGGCCUCACCAAGCAUCUGAGGACUCAUUCCGGGGAGAAGUCUUAUUUGUGCGCGAUUUGUGGGAAAACUUUUGGAUGUCUCAGCUCACAGAAGAUUCAUCUGUUGACGCACGUUGGCGAAAGGCCUUACGUAUGCGACAUUUGUGGUCAGAGUUUUACCCAGAGGUCACCCAUGAUGUUGCAUCGCAGAAAGCACCCUGGGGUGCACCCACCACCUCCUCCGAUUAAAAUAACAAACCUGUUACAUGGUGUACAAGACAAAAUAAUCGUGAACAAAAGUAGCAAGUAA